GAGCAAGCAAUACAGGACAAACUUCAAACUCUGUCACAGAGCUGUGAAAGCUACAUGAGUCCAGAUGUUGCUUCAGGUAAAGAGAUGAGUGACAGCUUUGAAGGAGCAAUAGGAAGUGGAAAACAAGAAGGAAAGUCUUCAAAGAAACAUAAGAAAUCUACACGUGCUCGUUCACGCCAGGAGAAGUCCAGCAGACCAAAACUGACCAUAUUAAAUGUUUGUAACACGGGGGAUAAGAUGGUGGAGUGCCAGCUUGAAACACACAAUCACAAAAUGGUGACUUUUAAGUUUGAUUUGGAUGGUGAUGCGCCAGAGGAAAUUGCUACUUACAUGGUAGAGAAUGAAUUCAUAUUGCAGAGUGAAAAAGAGACAUUUAUUGAACAAAUGAAAGAUAUUAUUGAUAAAGCAGAAGAUAUGCUCAGUGAAGAUACAGAAGGAGAACGAAGUUCUGAUCAGGGAACGAGUCCCCAGCAAGACACCGAUAGACUGGAAAUGAAUGAGGAGAAGCGGCAGUCUCAAAUGAAGACACCCGUGUAUCAACAAAAUGUUUUGCAUACUGGAAAAAGGUGGUUUAUUAUAUGUCCUGUUGUGGAAAACCCUACUACUGAUGCACCAGAAUUUUCUCCACCAGUACCUCAGAGUACACAGCAGUCUGAAGGUCCAGACCUGGAGCAGUUGGAUGAUCAGCAAGCGAGCUCUGCGGUGACAGAUCUGCCUGGUGUCUUGGCUGGUCAGCAGCUUCCCCUACAAGCGGGUGUAUGUGCCGGCCCCAUCGGAGCCUCUCCAUCUUUGGCACAAGUUCCUGCCGCAGCAUCUUCUGCUGGCAUACCGAGCCAGGCAGAGUUUUCAGCUCCGGCACUACCGGGAUCUGCUCCCAAUAUCCUAGAGCAGGCGGCUGCUAACGGAGGUCAGCUGGAGUAUUCACUGAAGGCGGUGAUGCCCGCUCAGCUGGGCGCUCCUGCCCCCCGUGCCGCCUUGCUGGAGGAGCCUUCCGACGCCCUCCUGGCUCCUCAGCACCUGCAGCCGCAGGCCGAUGAGGGCACCCCCGUGCUCCCGGACGCCGUCGUUUUGGAACGGCAGCCUGCGGCGCAGGUCCCUCACCUGCCAGAGGCCAGCCAGCCCGGUGUGGUGCAGCACUCCUUCAUGAACCAAGCGUUCCCUGCCGCUGCCUCCGAUCCCCUCGCCCUGGCAGGGUCUCAGCUCCAGAGCCCUACCCAGGUGCCCGUGGCCGCAUCCCAGCAGCACGCGAUGCUGUCCCAGGCGCAGCCCCUAGCCUGCGCCGGCGUGGGGAUCAGCCUGCUGCAACAGCAGCAGCCCAGCACCGCCGAGUCCGACGGAGAGGGGCCACCCAGGGUGGACUUCGUUGACAACACAAUAAAAAGCCUCGAUGAGAAAUUGCGCAAUUUACUUUACCAGGAUCCUACUUCUUUUUUUUUUCCAGACACCUCUGUCCCGUUAGAACAGGGCGACAGUGAAUUUAACUUGCCACCUUUUCCCGAAGAUCAAGUUCCCACGUUGGCAUUGGAUUUGAGAGAACCAGGCCAUAACUUUGCCGGUACCGGCCAGGAGGUGAAAGCUGCUGCCGAGGCCCAGUCGGUGCCACUCGUACCAUCCGAGACCUCGCCCUACCCAGUCCCGUUUGAAAAGUCGGAGGUCACUGGCAUCGGUGCUCAUUCCUCAGAAGCAAGAGGUGGGUCAGCAAGCAGAAAAGGUUCAGCUGCAAGCAUCACUUCAGCUCCUGCUGCUGCAACAAAAGGCCUCCUUCAGGUUGCACCUACAUCAUCAAGCAUAACUAAACAGAUGGAAACUUCUAAAAGGAGCGAGAAGGCAAAGACUAUGACUUCGUCUGCAGACACAGAUAAUGUAACGCAGAUAUCUACAGCAGAUGGGGUGAUAAAUAACCUUCAAAGGGAUGACUCUCUAGACUCUGGUUCCUAUGGAAAACAGGCUGAGACUCACGAUAGCGGUACACCAGCCAAAACUAUUGGCAGGUUUUCAGUAAUCAGCACGCAAGAUGAAUUAACUUUAACAGCGCCACACUGCUUAAGGUUCUCGGCACCCCCAGACGUCUAUUUGGAUGAGCUACCUUCCAGCCCUGAUCUGAAGACAGCUGUCCGACGGGUGCAGACAGCCUCUUCUGUCGAUGUCCUCUGUGACCAGGGUUCAAGUGAUUCUGCUGAUGAGCCUUUCCAUCGUCAGUCGGCUGCUGCUGCCCCUCUGACCCCCCCGAGCAGUAGUGCAGCCACUGACUUAAUUAAAAAAGCAGCUGCUUUUCUGCAAAGAUCUGGCAAAGCUAGCUCACCAGGCCUCGAUUCACCUAACGGGCAAGGAACAAAAAUUCCUACCAUCAACAUAACAUCUUUCCACUCACAGUCAUCAUACAUGAGCAGCGACAACGACUCGGAAUUUGAAGACGCAGAUAUGAAGAAAGAAUUGCAGAACCUGAGAGAAAAGCAUAUGAAAGAAAUCGCUGAACUUCAGACUCAGCAGAAGAAUGAGAUAGAGGCACUGUAUAUUCGGUUAGGGAAACCCCUUCCUCCCAACCUGGGGUUCCUUCACUCAGCCCCACCAAGUGGCCGUCGCCGAAGAACUAGCAAAAAUAAAUUGAAAGGUGGAAAACUAUUAAACCCUCUGGUCCAGCAGCUCAGAAGUGGAACAUCAAGCACAAGUAAUCUUUCAGACUCUAAAGACUCACCCCACAAAGAAACAGCUAAAACUCAGCCUGGAUCUCCCGAGGCAGCAGCAGUAACCUCCCCUGCAUCAGCCACCUUUGGGAAGGCUGUUCAGACACAGCAGCCGUGCUCUGUCAAAGCCUCUUUGUCUUCUGACAUCUGCUCCGGCUUAGGCCCCGAAGGAGGUGACGUGAACGCAAGCUCUGGCCAAGGCUGGACGGUUUUCCACCAAACGUCUGAGAGAGUGACCUAUAAAUCUAGUAGCAAACCUCGUACCAGAUUCCUCAGUGGACCUGUGUCUUUGUCCAUCUGGUCCACCUUGAAACGACUAUGUCUAGGCAAAGAUCACAGUAGUAGAUCCUCGACAAACAGUCUCGUAACGUGUCCUGAGCCCCUCCCGCAAUCAACCCUGCAGGUUCAGGCCAACAACAGUAACAACAAGAAAGGGACGUUCACAGAUGAUCUUCACAAGCUGGUUGACCAGUGGACAAGCAAAACUGUUGGAGCUGCACAGACAAAACCUUCCUUAAACCAACUCAAGCAGAACCAAAAAAGGCAAGACAUGGAGCCAAAGGCUAAUCCCAUGCAAACGCAGAAUGAGACAUGUGGA